CUGAUCCCUUGACUUCCGGUGUAGUCUGCUUUCCCGCCGUAUUUGAGUUAUACAAUUUGGAAGGGCUUCGAAGCUAGCAGGCCCAAUAUCGAUCAUACUUCGAAAACUACCAACUCUAAUAAUCUCCAGGAUGGCCAAGAACCGAUCACACUCUGGAAAGAAGACAGUAAAAAAAGGAAAAGAAAAUUCAUCCAAACAUGCCAAAGUGAAAGGUGAAACCGAUGACAUGAAGAUCCCGCCUGUCCAUGACUUCAAAGUGGAAGAGAUCUCUGCUGUUCGAGAGAAUCUACUGUCUUGGUAUGAUGCAAACAAGAGAGAUCUACCAUGGAGGAAAAUGGCAACCAGAUCAGAUUUGAACCAAAGGGCAUAUGCAGUGUGGGUGUCGGAGGUGAUGCUACAACAGACACAAGUCGCUACUGUCAUCGACUACUACAACAAGUGGAUGAAGAAAUGGCCAACUCUUCAAGAUUUAGCCAAGGCCACGCUCGAGGAAGUGAACGAGAUGUGGUCCGGUCUAGGGUACUAUUCCCGAGGUCGCAGACUCCACGAGGGAGCACAGAAGGUGGUAGAUGAUUUGGACGGUGAGAUGCCAAAGACAGCGGCGACCCUCCUGAAGGAACUGCCUGGUGUAGGCCGCUACACUGCUGGGGCCAUAGCAUCUAUAUCAUACAGUGAGGCUACUGGACUGGUUGAUGGGAAUGUGAUCCGAGUCUUGGCUCGACUCCGACAGAUUGGCGCCGACAGCACCAAUCAACACACCAUGGAUACUUUCUGGUCACAUGCAAACAUGUUGGUGGACCCAGAUCGCCCGGGAGACUACAACCAGAGUGUGAUGGAGCUGGGUGCCACGGUGUGCACACCUAAGUCCCCCGACUGUUCCUCCUGUCCACUCCGACAGCAGUGCAAAGCCCUCUGUCAGGUCGAGCGAGAGAGGCAGAUGUCGGCAAGUAAACUGGUGGAAAAGGUGGUCAAAAAAGAGGAGACUGAGACUCUACUUGACAUUGAAUGUUGUGCUGAUAACUGUAAAUUAUGUUUUGACAAAGAAGAGCCCUGGGACAGCAGCCUCGGUGUGAUGAACUACCCACGCAAGGGCAAGAAGAAACCUCCACGACAAGAGAUCGCCAGGGUGUGCGUGCUGUGUAAGAAGUGUUCUGAUGACAAGCACAGGUUCCUGAUAGUACAGAGGCCAAAGAAAGGCUUACUUGCCGGGUUGUGGGAGUUUCCCAGUCAGACGAUGGAGGAAGACAUGAAAGCCCCGGACAUGCUGGACAUCAUCGACUCCAAGUAUAACACAAGCAUCGAGGCGGUGCAGGAGAAACACAGUGUUGGGGAGGUGGUCCACAUCUUCUCACAUAUCCACCAGACGUACAGCGUGGAGGCUGUGACGGUGCUAGAGGAGAAGGUGGAGGAGGAGACGGAGUCCGAGGAGAGGAGAUGGGUAACCAAGGAGGAGUUCCUGGAGGCUGCUGUCUCCACGGCGAUGAAGAAGAUUUUCAAAGCAUAUGAGAAAUCCUUAGAUGACAGUAAAAAGAAGGUUACCAAGAGGAAAAGGGAAUCUUCGGGAGAUGAUCCAGGUGAUAAGAAGAAACAGAUGUCUAUCAACUCUUUCUUCAAGCCAAAAAACUAAGAGUCUGCAUGGAGAGCAGAAGCAGAGCUCCAGAUAAGCUGCGUAUCUGCGUCAAAUACGCAUCAGAAAUGCAGAAAUAUGCAGUAAAAUAAAAUCCAAGCGUAUCAAAUACGCAACGAACAUUACAGAUAAGCUACAAAAA